AUGGUCUAUGGGGGCAAGCCGAGUACCGGAUGUUACCUGUGUCGCAAGCGGAAGAUAAAGUGCGAUGAAGCCCACCCCGAGUGCAGGAACUGCACUACCUACGGCCGCCCUUGUCCGGGGUAUCGGCCUGAUGCAGUCUUCCGCAAUGAAACUAGGAAGGUUGAGCGGCUGGUGAAAAAUGGCAAUAAUGCCAAUGCCAGCAAUAACAGCAACAGCAGCAGCAGCAGCCGAAGCAAUGGCGGCAGCCAAGUCCAUACGCCUGAUUCCGAGUCAUCAGUCAUCGUGGCCGGACGCCGGCGUCCCGGAAGCAUUCAAGGCAAGCCCACGUUAACUUUGUAUCCGCCUGUUGAUUCCAAUUGGGAACAGAGAGCCUUAUGUUACUUCUUUGAUCAAUUUACCACCAAAGCUGAUGAAGAAGAUGGUGGCCAUCUCGACUAUCUGCCUCCGCUAUAUGCACGUGAAAUUGGUCGUCAGAGUGGGAAUGCGCCGUCUUCUUGUUUGCGGUGGGCCGUUGAUGCCACGGCAUUGAUAACUCUUGCUAAUGCGAAGAAUGCGCCUCCGCUCAUGAACAAAGCAAGACUGAGGUAUGGCAAAGCCUUGCGGAGCUUGCAGGAAGCUUUGGCGUCACCGGCUUAUGCGGUUAAGGAUGAGACUUUUGCUUCUGUUGUCUUGCUUUCUCUUUAUGAGGAUAUUUCUGGUGAGCGGAAUGGGCUGUUCAGCUCACAUACUGCUGGUUUUGAGUUUCUUAUGAAGCUCCGUGGUGAAGGGCAGAUGGAUCAUCGACGUGGGAGGGAUAUGUUCAAUUUUGCCUAUACACAUCUUUAUGUUGAAAUUCUAGCCCUAGGAGAUAAACCUCGCUUCGAUGUCGACUGGGUUCUCGGCAUGCUAGACACCAACGACCCCGUCGAGCGAUUGAUGCUCACAGCAUCCAGUAUCUCCCAAGUCCUCAUCUCCAUGCGCACUGCCCCACCCCCAGACCAAGCAACCAUAGAAGCAUGGAUUGCUGCCGGUCUGGAGCGCGAUGCUGAACUUGCCGAAUGGACCCAAACUCUUCCUGACCGCUGGCUCCCUCUCUUCGUCUACUCAGAUCAGGGCGAGCCCCUCAUGAUAUACAACCGGAUCUCCAUCGCUGUGGUCUGGAACUACUAUCGCGCUGCACGGAUCAUGCUGCAGCAACUCCUACUCACCCUGCAUGGCUCUCUAGAUGCUAUGAAAAUGCAAUCUUUUGCUUCGAAACCUCCGUUCACCCAACCGGACGACCCCAACCCCGAAACAACCCACCGAGCAACAAUUCGCGAAUUGACCACAGAAGUCUGCCGCAGCAUCCCAUUCUGUCUCUCGGACGUCGACAAUCUCGGCCGCCCGGCGAAAAUAGUCGGUGAAUGGCAGAUGCGCGGCGCACAGGGGUAUGGUCUUCUCUGGCCAUUGUGGUAUGUCUUAUCAUGCGGUAUGCCUACACCAGCACAGGUUGAGAAGAUCCGCACUGUGCUAUAUCGCAUUGGCUCUGAGCAUGGUAUCAAGCUGGCUUUGGUGCUUGCUCGGGAAGCUGAGCGCAUCCGCGGUGAGCAUGCUGAGGCGCCAGUUACAAAUGCUGCAUGA